AUGUCUCUCGAGCAGCAAGAGCAUCCCGAGCAGCCCGAGCAGCCCGAGCAGCCCGAGCAGCAAGAGCACCCCGAGCAGCCCGAGCACCCCGAGCAGCCCGAGCAGCCCGAGCAGCCCGAGCAUCCCGAGCAUCCCGAGCAGCCCGAGCAGCCCGAGCAGCCCGAGCAGCAAGCGCAGCAAGAUCUUGCGAUCGUCCUCACCAAGUUCCCCACGCUUCCCAUCGAACUCCGCCGCAAGAUCUGGAGAUCUUGCCUCCCCGGUCCCCGCGUCAUCACAAUCGUCAGUGUCACCUCCGACCCCAACGACCCUUUCAGCGAUGACGUCUACCGCGCCAACGUCCCCGGCAUCGCCACCGCCCUGCUGCACACUUCCACGGAGGCCCGCGAGGUCGCGCUGAAGUCGUACGCGCCGUUCUUCCACUCCGGGUGCCAGAGCCUCCUGUACAUGGAUUUCAAGUCCGACAUUCUGAACUUCGCGAACGAGAAGACCCUCGCUGGUUUCCUGUCUCUCGGCUAUGGGAGUCUCGCCCCGCGCCAGGCCAUCUACAGCCACGAUGCGGCGGUGGCGAGCAUUCGUAAGAUCGUCGUGUCGGAGCCAAAUGGGUUCACUGUUAGGCCGAGACCGUGUGUUGCCAAGGCGGAGAUGAGAGGUCUGGAGUCUGUUACGCUGUUGAAAUCGAAGAUGGACUUCAUUGCCAAGAAGCUCAACAGAGUAGAGUUAACACAAGAGGAGAUGGAGAAAGUUGAGGAAAGAAUCGUGCACACGAUUCGGGAGGGCAAAAAGCUGAUGCUGUCGGCGGCAGAGAUGGCACGAUCGAAGAGCCCCACAGUUGUCUUCCUGGAUCAAGCGGAGAUGGAUAAGCUGCUUGAAAAGUAG